UCGACGGAGCAGAGUCGUGAGCGUUCACUGUGGACACGACGCUGUUUACUAAGUCUCCACUAGUGGAGUCACAUGACGACCUGAGCUGGGCGGAACCGAGCCCGGAGCCCGCUGUCUUCUUAAGGCAAAGUGUAAAGCUCAGGCUUUCGAGUCUUCUCUAUGAUCGUGUGUCCGGUACCGAACCUGGGUCACCAGCGUCCAGUCAUGAGCAGCAGCCUGUCUGUGGAGAUGGACGAGGUCCGGAGGAGAGCCCGAUCCAUCCUGUCCUCGUCGGGCUCAGCCCAGAGUGUGAAGGCUGAGGUUCAGACCAUGGCCUCCAUUGCUCUGCCGCUGUCAGAGAAGUACCGUGAGCUGGUCGUGGAGGACGUGUUGAGGGAGAAUGCAGCAGGUCACAGCAGGCAGGAGGUCAUGAACACUUUGUCUAGACUGGUCAAGGCCUUGAGUAUCCUGGAGAAGUACGGCUGCAACCUGACCUGUCCCAGCAGGCCCAGAUACUGGAGGAGCGUCAAGCACAACAACCCGGUCUUCAGGAACACUGUGGAUGCCAUGAAGGGGGGCCGGCGAGUGUUGCAUCUCUACGGUUACACCAGUCAGCAGAUAGACGGCCUCAGCUUCCCAGAUGAAGUCAGCGAACCAGACGCUGACAGAGUUGCUGCAGUGACGUUGGAGGUCAUGAGCUUACGCACCGAGGUGGACAUGCUGGUGAAGGGCACACAUCCUCACCCAGAACUAUUCAAAGGCAUCAUCCCAUGGAUCAUUCAGCAGGAAAAUCCUGCAGCCAAUCCAGUGGUAAUUCUACCUGGACCGGACCAGCAAACGGACAAACCCCAGGUCCUGUCUCCUGCACCUAAAUCUAUUCAGGUCCCAGCGUUAGGACAAGUCCUCAAAGCAGACUCUUCGACCGUGGGUCAGUGUCAUCUGUGUGGCAGCGUGUCGACCGUGAUUUGUUCGUCCUGUGACAACCAAUCCUUCUGCGAUGCCUGCGAUGACCUGUGCCACCGCCACCCCUCGAGAAGCAGCCACAAAAGAGACAAGACCCCAAAAGCCAAGCAGGAUCCCUGCAGCAUCUGUGGUAUCUCUGCUGUCCACGCUCAGUGCUCCAGCUGCUCCCAGGGGCUGUGUCUGAACUGUGACAGACUCUUCCACUCUCACCCUGACCGCAGAGCUCACAACAGAUCCGUUAUCACACCGGCAAAGACGUCCAGCCCUUCUCUGUCGCCCUGGGAAUGUGCUCACUGCACCACAGUGAACGAGAUGCGGGCUGUUCUCUGCUCCACCUGCGAACGGCCCCGACUCGCCACCGCUGCGUCCACUGUUCAGGAGAACCCCUCGUCACUGAACACAGAGUGGCAGUGCAGGAGCUGCACCGUCAUGAAUCAGGGCAGCAGCAUACUGUGUGAGGUGUGUGAGCGCCCCCGUCUGGCCACUCGCCCGCCUGCAGCCGUUCUCGCCAGUCCUGGAUCUGACCCUGACUCUGGAACAAACUGGACUUGCCAUUUCUGCACCUUCCUAAACACUAAACCCAGUGCCGAGUGUGAGAUGUGCAACCUGCCGUCUAAAGACUCUGGAGACGCUCUGCCCCAGUCGCUUCAGCAGCCUCCGGCCAACACCAAAGUUCCACCUCAGCCCAAGCCCAGACUUGAUGCCGAUCUAAAAAGACAGAACACAAUGAGGAAAGACGGGCUCUCUCUCAUCCAGCAGAUAAGAGAAGCGGAGAAACGCAGCAUCAGCCCAGAGGAGGUGUACGCAGCGCUGUGCAUGUGUGGCGGCAGCAACCCCUGUGACUGGCUGACCUCGGAGCUGCCUCACCUGCUGGACGAGAUCUGCGCCAUGGCGGCCUCAGUGCAGCUGAGCUACUCUGGGACGGAGUCCACGGUGGAGAGAGACGGGGAGCAGACGGAGGAGGACGGCACCACAUCCACAGCAGGCGUGAAGCUGUCCAGAGCGGAGGCCAAGCUGGCCUGGCUGGCAGUAGGAGGAGACACCGACCGAGCAGUGAAACAGCUGCUGAGAGACAGACAGGUCAAGAUGAGGGAGCUUCACUCUCUGGGCUUCCAGGACGUGGCCCAGUGUGAGGAGGCCCUGCGGCAGAGCGGCGGGGAGGUGAAGGGGGCUCUGUCUCUGCUGCAGCGCCCCCUGCUGGAUCCCUUCCACCAGCGCGUCUGGGCCAACCAGCCCGAGCCUCCCAUAGAUCCCAAACACCCAGAUAAACAGAGGAUGUGCCGACGUCUCCUGGCGCUGUACGACCUGCCCAGCUGGGGGCGCUGCGAGCUGGUGUUGGCGCUGCUGCAGGAGCCGGGUGUCACCUACUCCCUGGAGGACGUGGUGCAGGCUGUGAAGGAGUCACAUGACAAAGACUUCAUCAGGCGGCUGCUGAACAACGAGUGUCCCUGCUGCCUCAGCAUCUUCCCCCGCAGCAAGAUGCAGUCCCUGACUUCCUGUCAGUGCUCUGUGUGUCACGACUGCUUCGGGCAGCACUUCACCAUUGCUGUGAGGGACAAACACAUCAGAGACAUGGUGUGUCCAGUGUGUGGCGAGCCAGACAUAAACGACCCCGAGCAGCUGGACAGCUACUUCUCCACCCUGGACAUACAGCUACGAGACUGUUUGGAGCUGGAAGUUUACGAUCUGUUUCACAAGAAGCUGACUGAACAUGCGCUGAUGAAGGACCCCAAGUUCCUGUGGUGCUGCCACUGCACCUCUGGGUUCAUUAAUGACGGAGAUCAGCUGAAGGUCACAUGUCCAUCGUGUCGAAAAAGCUUCUGUGCUCAGUGCAAGAAACCUUGGGAGCCUCAGCACCAGGAUCUGUCCUGUGAGCAGUUCCAGCAGUGGAAGAGGGACAACGAUCCGGAGUACCAGCGUCAGGGUCUGGCCGGUUACCUGCGAGACAACGGCAUCACCUGUCCUCACUGCCGGUUCCAAUAUGCCCUGACCAAAGGCGGAUGCAUGCACUUCAGCUGCUCCCAGUGCAGAUACCAGUUCUGCAGCGGCUGCAACAACCCCUACCAAAAGACCGGCUGUAAGACACCACAGUGCCUUUACCCUGGUCUACAUGCCCACCACCCACGCGACUGUCUCUUCUAUCUAAGAGACUGGGAGCCGCCCAGACUACAGGCUCUGCUGCAGAGAGGCGGCGUCGCUUUUAACACUGAUCCUUCUAAUGGAGCUCAAACUGAUGCUUGUGGCGUGAUGGAGCAGAAGGAUGAAGGAGGACAACAGAUCGAUUCGCCGUGUGGCAUCCAGACGCAGCCGGGACAGGCUGGACUCUGCGAGAAGCACUACAGAGAGUACCUGGUCAGUCUGAUCAACGCUCACUCUCUGGACCCGGCGCUGCUGUAUGACGCCACAGAGCUGAUCCGGGCCUGUGAGCGUUACCAGGUGGACACACAGAGAGGAGACAACGAGGAUGACAACGCCUUCCAGGCCCGGCUGCUCAGGAAACUGACGACGGUUCCUCUUGGAGAAAAAGUGCCUCGAAACAAAUAGAUUCCUGAACAGUUGAUCAUGGCAGCAAGGAAGAGGCCACGGUUCACUGGUCUCCUGCUUUGAAGACGCGUCUGACUCAGACGCCUGCGGAAAAAACAAAGCAAUUAACAAGGGAAGCCACCGUGUUGAUGUGAAGUUUGUUUUUCAGGUUCAUGUUUUUAUUCCUGAGGAUCAGAAUUAAAGAGUCUGGUUUUGAGAGGUUGCGUUGGAACAGUUUGUUCUCGCUUUAUGUGACACAGAUUAUGUGACACAGCGGCAAACCCCAUAUAAAUGUAAGAAACAAUUGUUUGUGGAACAAGGUUGAGUCUAAGACUUCAACACCUUAGUUUGAUUUUUAAAUUGGGUAACGUCACAUGUAGCAUCUAUGUUUUACAAUGUUGUAGACAAGGAUUAAUUACACAACUGCUCCUGUUAUGAAGCUUUGUGGAUAAGUGAUUCAGAUUUGAUGAAAUCUAUUUUAAAUAUGAAUAAAUAAUAAUCAAACCAG